GUUGCCACCGAUGUACAUCUUGGGUUGGUAUUACACCUUGGCCGACUUCACCAAGCGGUUCGGCACAGGCAGACCUUUCAGUGUGUUCAGCGCAUGCAUCUUAGAUCCUUACUAUGAGAAAUACAAGGGGAUGACAGGAAUACCCAGACCGUUGCUGAGCUCCAGCUUCACUGACAAAUACUGCAUAAUCUAUGUCGCGUCUACCUCAGUUCCUGCCUCCCUGGAGCCGUCUCGCUUGAACUGGAUAAUAGGGGGUGUCAAAGAUACUCUAAAAGAGGAUAGUGAACCGCAGUGGAUCCGUGUUCCUGUGUCUCCGUUGUAAAUUCGGUACAUGCCCCUCUCAUCUCGGCCACCCACAGGAAUACCACAG